AUGUUUCUGUUCCAACCCCGACCUGGGCAACAUGGUGAGUGCCCUACCAGCCAGGGCUGCCUGCGAGUCCCUGUCUUGAAGCAGAACAGAGCUAGGUUGCAUCCCUUCUGCUGCCGAGGGUGCUUUGGAAGCCCCUCACUGUUUUCUCUUUUCCAUCAGGUGGGGUUCAGCUUGAGUCGGGUUCGAUCUGGCAGCAUUCACUCCUACUCGAGCCGGAACUCCCACGGAUGCCCUCUGGAGAGAAACAGCAGCAACUUCCUGGUCCUUUUCCUCAUUGAUAUCAAAGACCUGCAGGUCCAAGUCCGAAAAUAUGGGGAGCAGAGGAAGUUGUUCAUCUCCCCUGGCCUCCUCCCUGAUGCCCCGGCCCCAUCAGGCAUCCCGAAGCCAGAGCCGGCAGGCACCCCUAAGGAGAACAGUGAGAACUCUGCCGUCAAGGAGGAUCAGGCAAAGCCCGGAGCACCCCCAGUCUCAGGAGAGAAAACUAUCCCGGGGGUACCCGGACACUCGACAGAGGGCCAGCCACAGAGGCAGCUGCCCACGCGGGACCCCGGCAGGAAGGAGGAGGACCUGGUGUUGGGACUGGGCCACCUCAACGACUCAUAUAACUUCAGUUUCCACGUGGUGAUUGGCUCCAGGGCAGAGGAAGGCCAGUACAGCCUCAACUUCCACAACUGCCACAACUCCAUUCCCGGCCAUGAGCAGCCGUUCGACCUCACUGUGAGUGUCCAGGGACAGGCACACCCACCCCGCUGA